AACAAACCAGUCUUGCAACGUUGCCCGCGACUGCCGGUCAUAUAUUGCUUGUGCAUUAUUGAUGUAACAUAAUAUCUCUCAAUGUUGAACCAUUUAAAACUAGCCUCAAAUCAAAUUCUUCUAUAAAAUGUUGUAAUUGGCAAUAUCUCUCAAUAAUAUCAAGAAAUAUACUUGAAUCUUCAGUGCUAUUUUACCUUUUAGGACGUUCACCUUUAUUAUUUAAAGGAUAAAGUGACAUUUCAUCACAAUGGGUGAUUCUCCGUUCUCCAAUAUGUCUGACAGCAAAUCGAUCGUGCGAUUUGUGAAGGAUAUAGAGAGACAUCCGUGUUUAUAUAAUCGAAAAUGUAUACAAUAUGUCGACAGAGUCUUAAAGAGACAGACAUGGAUGCAUAUUGCUAAGAGGUUGAAUACUACGGUCGCGGAAUGUAAAGAAAAAUGGAGGAAAAUACGAACAGCCUACGGCAGAUCUCUAAAACCUAGAUACCUCAACGGCGUUCGCGUACCAAGCAAGCCUUACUAUUUGGCAAGCUAUCUAAAAUUCAUAACCCCCAACGACAAAGAGAAAAGAAACCUAACAGGUAGAAAACAUUUCAUAAUUUCAACCAACCAACCAAAGAAAUUACCAGAAAUCAAAGCAGAAGUUGAAAACAUAGACGAAUCGGAUACUGAAGAUGGUUUUGAUGAUAACUUUGAUGGGAAAAGUGAUCCAAUCAAUACCAACAAUGAGUUUGAACAAGACGACAUUGUCUAUGAUGUUGGCACUGUUGACAUUGUUAUAGACAAAGAAGUAGUAAAUACUGGACCUUCCAUUGAAGUUCAUAAAACAAAAGAAACCAACAAAAGUUGUAGCAUAAAGAAUCAUGACGUCGAUUUUGAUGAUAUCAAAAGAUGCUCAUAUUGUGUAAAUGUUGAAAAUAAGCCAAGGAAAAUGUUUCUAUUUAGCGUUUUUCCCGAUAUAGAAUCGUUGAGUGAUAAUCAGAUGCGAUGUUUCAGAAGAGAAUUGUUAGAUUUGAUUGACAAAUGUAAAUAUAUGCCUGAAUAAGUGUUUCUACAGUCAAAAUCUAUUAAUAGAAUUAAAUGUAUAAAAAUAAAGCACUAUUUUCUCAAGCCACGCCAUAACUUGAGAAAAAUGUCUCAUUCAUAAUUUUUCAUGUGUCUAAUCUUAUGAAGAUGAAGAUUUUAUGAAGCGAAAAACUAAAAAAACAAUGCGCAGACAAUGGGGAUGAUGACUGGGUUGGAAUAUAUUGAUUUUUAUAAUAAAUUCGGAUAAAUAAGGUCAAUGUUAACUAAUUUAUACACAAAAAGCAAAGAGUGACUGGAUAUUUGCAAAAUAAUUAGGAUUAUAAAAUUUCAAAAUCUAAUAAAAAUCUUUUAUCGUGAUUAGAUAAAAAUUCAUACAGUUUUAGCUUCCUUACAUUAAAUGUGACAUUUUUCAAUAAAUGAACUAUUAACAUAAACGCACAAAUAACAAAGAUAUUAGUAAUUUUGUUUGAACGCCCAUACAAAUCUAACGAUCAGCGAGCCAACGACGUCACUAACUCGUGCUAUUUUGUAUGGAGCGUUUUUCAAGGACCCGCGGCAGCGCCGCAAAUCUGACCCUUUAAAUCCCUGUAGCGCCGAAAGUAAUGAUCGCAGAUACCCUGUUACUUUAACAAAAUUGCUUUACUAUUAGUAUACUCUUAAUUUAUAUACAAUUUAAAAAAACUGUCAUCAUCCCUAUUGGAAAAUAUCACCUACUUUAUAUUAUAGAUGAUUAGAAGUAUUUUUAUCACGAUAUUCUACUAUCGCUAUAAUACUAUAGCAUCCGAAUGUUUUUAAAACUAAGUUAAAUCAGUCCGUUUAAUCUAGUCGCUAAGGUACCUACUCGUACCAUAAAAAACAUACUUAAUUUACCUACUACUCCUACUACAGUUUCAUAAAAUUAUAAUUUCAUUAGAUACGUAUAAAAAUGUUUUAUUUAUUGUAAUUUUUAACUUUACCUAAGAUAAAAGAAAGAUUUAUUUUGUAGUUUUUAAUAGAUUUGCGAUAAAUUUCAAGUACUUCUAAGAAAUUUUUUAAUUAAACGUUUGAAAAAUA